AAGAAAAGGAUGCAAUUAAAGGACAAUAUGAAAAACUCAUGGAUGCUUACGGCUGCUUAGGAGAGCUUCAGCUUAAAUACGGUAACACUCGACUGCACUUUCUGGUCCUGGUGACAGGCUGUACGUCAGUGGGAAAAAUCCUGGAUGCUGAAGUUUACAAAAUUACUGCAACAGAUUUCUGUCCUCUCCAGGAAGAAACCAAGGAAGAGGAGCGUGUUACUGCCUUGAAGAAAAUACUGAACUCUGGGAUGUUCUAUUUCUCCUGGCCUAAUGCAGGCUCAAACUUUGACCUGACCGUGCGGGCCCAGAAGCAGGGUGAUAACCACUAUGAAUCUGGUAACUCAUUCUUCUGGUUAGUACUGCAUGUUAUACCAAAGCCUUGUGUCAUCCACACCUGUAUCUUACUGGCAAAACAUUCUCAGAGGGAAAUGAACGUUUGCAUUUCAGGUUCACUUCCUUUCAUUUUGUUUUCAUGGCAUAUUACAGAGCAUGUGGCCUUAGUGAAUUCAUGGUAAAGCUGGGUCAAACAAGUAGCUUCUGUUUAAUUAAAAUUAAUCUGAUAGUGAAAUGCAAUUCCAGUAACUGGACAUCUU